UAGUGCCGCCGCUGUUGCUGUUGCUGCUGUUGUAUUGGAGGCACAUUGCUGGAUUCCCUUUCUCUUUUUUUUCUUUCUUUCUCCAUCUCUCGUUCUUGUUCUUCUUCAUUUUUUUUUUCUUUUGCUGCCCCCCAAUUCAAUUCACCGGAAUGGAUUUCUUCAUAUCUUGGGAUUUUUGUUUUUCUUCUGAAAUAAGGAAGUAGAUGCGGGAAGUCUUAAAGGGAAUUCACGAGCGCAUCGGUUCCAGAAGAAGAAGGAUUUUAAACGGGAAUAAUACGAAGAGGGGCGACUCGAAGGUGUAAAAAAAAAAAAGAAAGAAAGAAAAAAAAAAGAAUAGAAAGUGGCCAAGGUGUGCCACCGGGAGUAGGAAUUGCCAGCCGUGGAGGUGGUGAUGUCGGUGCUGCUGCUGCUGCAGCCUCUGCCUGCAGUGAGAGCCCCGUCAGCGUCGCGGAGGAGCCGCUAGAAGUCCUCGGAGAAAAGGCGCUUUGCUAAGCCGAGCCGAUCGAGACACACCAGAGAGAGAGAUACGACCCCCCUCCUCCCCACCCCCGUCCAUGCGCCCCUCUUCGCCUCUGUGCCGGCAUCGUUGGCUUUGUAGGCGAUCGCACUCUCUUCGCUCCUUUUCUUUCCUCUUGAUGUUUUUCGGCGACUGAACAAAAGGCACCGACGGGAGCGCACGCACCGGGGAGGAGCGCCUCGUUUGCCUCGCCUGCCUGCCUGCCUGCCUGCUGGCUGGCUUGCUUGCCUGCCGUUGAUGCUCUCGGCCUGCUCCGGCUUUCUGUCUUCGUACCGUCCUCAUCGUCAUCAUGGUGGGAAGCUGGCGCCCCGCUAGGUGGAUCGGACCUUUGGCUCUCUAUUACUUUUCUCUUGUUUGCCUGCUCGCCUUCUCUUCGUUGCCUGGGAUUCGAGCAUCCAAUCUUCAAACCAGCGACUGCCAGACCGGCAAAGGGAAAGGGACCAACUGCUCAGAGUUCAGUGAAAAAGAAAGCGACGUCCGGGUCUGCGAUGAGACAUCAUGUAAAUAUGGGGGCGUUUGCAAGGAGGCGAGUGACAGCCUAAAAUGUCUGUGCCAAUUUCAGUGUCAUAAAAACUACAUUCCAGUGUGUGGAUCCAAUGGAGACACCUACCAGAAUGAGUGCUACCUGCGGCAGGCGGCGUGCAAACACCAGAAGCACAUCUCUCUGGUAUCGGAGGGGCCUUGCUAUCCUGACAAUGGUUCUGGGUCAGGAGAAGGGGAGUACGACGGAUCGGGCACAGAAGUUAGCAGGAAAUUUACCAAAUGCGGGACAUGCAAGUAUGGAGCCGAGUGUGACGAAGACUCUGAGGAUGUCUGGUGCAUAUGCAAUAUUGACUGCAGUGGGCACAAUGAAAAUCCUGUGUGUGCAACGGAUGGCAACUGGUACAACAAUCCCUGCCUCGUCCGAGAGGCCUCCUGUAUGAAGCAGGAGCAGAUCGAUGUGAAGCAUCUCGGGAAGUGUCCAGAAAAGGAAGAUAAAUUGUUAUCUGGCAAAAAAGAUGAAGGAAUUCAGAAUCGGCCCGAAAUUAAAGACUCGAGCCAUCCUGAAGACAGAACCUACCAAGGCCAUUCAACACCCUGCACAGAAAACUACAACGGCUUCUGUGUCCACGGAAAAUGUGAAUUGAAAUACAACAAGGUGUCCUGUCGCUGUGAGUCGGGCUACAAAGGGGUGCAAUGUGACGAAAUCCAAGACUUCAACAUCCUGUAUGUCGUGCCGAGCGGUCAGAAGCUUCAUUACGUCCUCAUUGCAGCAAUAAUUGGAGCCGUGCAGAUAGCCAUCAUCGUGGCUGUGGUGAUGUGCAUCACAAGAAAAUGCCCGAAAAACAACAGAGGACGCCGUCAGAAGCAGAAUCUCGGACAUUUUACCUCAGAUGCUUCGUCCAGGAUGGUGUAGCUGGUGGAUUUUUUUUUUGAUACUUUUUUCCUACCAUGUGAAGUACAUUUUUAAUCCUAAAUUUGUUUGGUUAUUUUAUUUCUUUUCUGAAAAAACAAAA